CUCUGAGUGAGAAUCUGAUGAUGUUGAAUUUUGUUGAUCAACAUGUGAAUAUGAAUAACUAUAAUUAAAAAACCUUCACAAUUUCACUACAGCAGAAUGAACAGGUCAUGACUUCUCAGUCACAGUGAUUCCAAUCAGUGAGUUGUGUCCCUGAGUCGACCCAGAUCUGAUCAGUGCCAGACUCAGGAAAGGGAGAGUAAAGGCCGCUGGGUAUAAUGACCACACUCUUCCCUUAUACACACUAGUCACAGAAACUGGUGAACUCUAUCUGCCCAUCGACCAUCAGGUUCAAAAAGUAACUUGUACUUUAUUGAGGUCUUCACCAUCCUGAAAUCAAGUAGGCAUCCAUGGAUUUAGAAGUAAUUAUAUGAUGGACAUCUUUUUGAUCUACUAAGCAAAACAAGUUUUUUAACACAUGCUAGAUUACUGGACAUGUAAGAUGUUUGUAAUGAUGAGUCUCCACAUUGAUUGUGCAAUUACAGUUUAGCAUCUGUAAAUUUUACACCUGCCUCGGAUUAAAGAAAAAAAGAAAAACAGCAUGAUUUACCUCAAGUGAUCUUUGUGGAUUUUAUAUUCUUUCAAAUGGCAUCUGAAAGUAGAUUUGGAUCUAUUUUGUCAUCAGAAUCUAUUCGAGUCAUUGCAGAAUCUAUAGGUAUAUCAGGAUUAGCAGAUGAAGCCUCAUCUUUUUUAGCUGAAGAUAUAUCAUACCGAUUAAAACUUGUUGUACAGGAAGCUGAAAAGUUGAGACAGCAUGGUAAACGCUUGAAGCUGAUGUGCACAGAUUUUGAUCAAGCAUUGCAGAUGAAAAAUGUUGAGCCAGUAUAUGGUCACACGAGCAAAGAAGGCAAUAUCCCAUUUCGGCAUGCGAGCGGCGGAGGUAGAGAAAUAUAUUUUACAGAGGAAAAGGAAGUGGACCUGCAUGCAGUUGUUAGUGAUCCUCUUCCCAAAAUACCAAUUGAAGUCUCAUUAAAAGCUCACUGGUUAUCCAUUGAGGGCACCCAGCCAGCCUUACCCGAGAACCCCCCACCUGCAAGUAAAGAUUUGCAAAAACAAGAAAUACUAGACACAGCUAUAAAGACUGGAGCCAACAGGCCCUUGAAACGUCCCCACCCAGAUUCCAACAAACACAAGCAUCACCACAAGCACAAAGAGAGUGUGAUGUUGAAAAAUCUGGCUACUCAUGAGCUGUCUGUAGAGCAACAGUUUUAUUAUAAGGAGAUAACAGAAAGCUGUGUUGGUCCAGAUGAGCAAAAGAGAUCUGAAGCCCUACAGAGCUUGCAGUGUGACCCUGGUCUCCAUCAGAUGUUGCCUAGGUUUGUUGCCUUUGCAUCUGAGGGUGUGAAAAUUAAUGCAGUACAAAAUAAUUUGGCCCUCCUGAUUUAUCUUAUGAGGAUGGUCAAAUCACUGCUAGACAACCAAACAAUUUAUUUAGACAAAUAUCUUCAUGACUUGCUACCAACUGUCAUGACGUGUGUCGUGAGUCGUCAGUUAUGCUUGAGACCUGACAUGGACAACCAUUGGGCUUUGAGGGAUUUUGCUGCACGUCUUGUGGCCCAGAUCUGCAGAAAUUACAGUAACAACACUAAUAAUAUCCAGGCAAGGGUAACCAAGAAAUUUAGCAAAGCUAUCCAAAGUGAAGCUGCAGCCUUGGCUACAAUAUAUGGAGCACUGGCAGGUCUGGGUGAGCUGGGUCCUGAGGUGAUAAAGUCAUGUUUGCUUCCCUACAUCUGUAUUCUUGGUGAUCGUAUAAAAGCAGUUAAUGAAGGGACAGCUCUGAAUGUGGAUAAAAUAGCUGCAGAACAUAUAAAAAGGCAGCUCCUGAAAUAUCUACCUCCUGUGCUGAAAACUUUUCACAACAGUACUGAAAAUGUUGAUGAGUUCAAUGUGGCCUAUGGCUACCUUGGGCCUUUAAUGUUCUCAAUGUUUUUGCAAAAAGAGAAAAGUUUAACUGCCACAACAUCUGCCAUUCAUGCCUUAGCAGCCCCUCGCUCAACUUUACAAUUAUCCCAGCGCCCACCUCAAAUCGUGAUCCAGCAGCAGCCCAACACACCAGUUCCUCUAAUCUCUUCACCGUUCCUCAAUCCAUCACCAUCGCUAACAUCUCUCAACCCAAGGCCACUGCCUUCUAUGCCCUCCACGCCCACUGGCAUCCCCGGCCAGAAGUUUGUCAUUGUCUCUCAAGCAAGACCCUCGACUCCGAUAGCACCGCCAACACAGACCACGCCCCUGGUCAAAUUUGUCACCACCCAGCAGUCUUCACUGACCACCAGCAAUGCCCCCGGCACUCAGAAGAUUGUGGUUAUUCAGGGCAGCUCAACAAAAACAGAAGACUCCUCUGUUGGAGGGAUUCGUACUGCAGUUUUAAGUGGGGUCCCUUCCACUACAGUAAUUCAACAACCAGCUACUACGACCUUAAAUACUAACAUCAGUGGCAAUGAUACUUUAUAGCACAAUAAGUACAAAAAUAAUUUGUUUACACAUUGUUGGAUAUAACUAGACAUUCAGACUUGUUUUGUAAUACAAAGUUGACUAAAAAAAUGACCAAUCAAUAAAUAUUUCUUUAUGAAUCUACACAAAGUGAAACUAUUUUUUUCUGUCCUUGUCUGUUUGUAACAUUAA